AUGGCGGCGAAGUUAAGCGUGGAAGAAGUCUUGAACAAAUUUUUAGAAGGCAAUGCUGACACAAAUCAAGAGCAGAUAAGAUGUGAAAACGACGACGAAAGCAGUAACGUCCUAACACUACCUGAAAUAAGCAAGCCUGGCAUCCCUCACAUGCUGUUUUCAUUGAACAUAAAUGCUGGGAAGGUUUUUAGAUGAGAGUCGUAUUUAUGGCUAAAAGCCAUCCACCGGCGUUUGGCUGGAAGACGAAACAUAAGGCGGCCUUUCUUUUCUCAAAUAAGGUGUGAUAUACCAGAGGAAAUGUUUAGGUGUUUAGUUCGAGCAAUCAAAAGUUGCCGAAGGCCAUUAUUCUGCUAUCCGAAUUGCUAUGUCGUUGAAAGCAAGAAAAUGACAGUUGUAUCUUUUCAGUCCAUUUUGGCAGUUAAGGAAUUCCUCAGUGCCCUGAGUAUGACAGAGGUAUCAGGUUACCUGGAACGGAGAUUGAGUGGAAAUCGCAAGGAUCACUUGACAAAACUGUUGGUCUCUGAAAUAAAGGAUUUUGCACUGAUUUACCAUUCUAAGCACAAUCUCCUGUAUAUUGUUGUCAUGAGUCCAUUAUAA